AAAGGACCAUUACCCUUCCUGACAGCAAAUAUUUGCUCUUGUAGGCUAUUAUAGGUUCGCACCUCAUAAUUUCAUCAAAACAUCUUUCAGGAUUCGAUAAACAUGUCUUUAAAAACCUAUAUUCAAAAACGCCUAAUGUCAAACCAAUAUAUUUGAGGGUUCAUCUCAUAUUUUUAUUCAGAUUUUAUCAGGGCGCAAUUGUUCACGUUCGUUUGAAGAUGGCAACGACAAAACUGACAAAAAUACCAAAUCUAACAAUAGCGUCAAAGAUAUGCAUGUCACACAGGCCUAGUCACUGACUCCUGACGAAAAGCUAUUUAAAGUUCUAGACAGCCUUCAUUCACUGGCAAACACGUUUAUGAGACGCUUGUUCAAAAUAGGCAGAAAGCGGCCUCCUGUAGUAUGAGCGCAAACCCAGUGUCACCAAAGAGAGCAGCUUCCCGUGGUAGCGUGAAACCAAUGGCCAUAACGAAACAGACCCGUAUAGAGCGCUAAACCAAUGGCACAGCAGUGUGGGCGUUUCUUUUUCAUUUACAAAUAGACUGAUGGUACAGUAUGCGCAUCUGGAGAAUGAACACAAAGUCGAGCUUCAGUAUCAGAUCGAAGAGACAACUCCAAACCAGCUCACUCUGAACAAACCUCCAGGUAGCAUAUAUUCAGAAAAACAAAGCAAUGGGGAGAAAGAAAAUACAGAUCUCACGUAUUAUGGAUCAACGAAACCGGCAGGUCACGUUCACCAAACGCAAGUUUGGUUUGAUGAAAAAGGCGUAUGAGCUGAGCGUGCUGUGCGACUGCGAGAUCGCCCUCAUCAUCUUCAAUAGCACGAAUCGCCUGUUCCAGUACGCCAGCACGGACAUGGACAAGGUCCUUCUCAAAUACACUGAGUACAGUGAGCCUCAUGAGAGCAGGACCAACACAGACAUCUUGGAGACGCUGCGCAGGAAAGGCCUAGGACUGGACGGAGCCGAGGUGGACAACGAGGACAGCAUGCAGAUGGGAGGGGAGAAGUACCAGCUCAGCGAGGGUAUGGACCUCUCAGUGGCACGCCAGCGCUUUUACGCCCCCUCCCUCCUCCCAGCCGAGGCCCAGGCACUGAUGAACUCCGGCUGUGAGAAUGGGUACCCCAACGUCUCCAACUCAGGCUUAGGACCGCACCGGGCCCCGGCCUUUAAGCCUCUCGGCCACAGAUCUGGCACCACCAGUCCUGCUGGUCCGGCAACCCAUCCGGGUUUCAUCACACCACACUCAGGCAUUGGCUACUCGAUGUUCUCCCAUGGCAACAUGAGCAGGGCCCUGGAGAUGAAGUCGUCGCCUCCGCUGAACCUCGGCGGGGACAGUCGACGCAUGGAGGCCCCACCUGGAGCGCGCUCCAACCUGACCAAUAGAGUGGUCUAUCACAGCAUGCAGCCUGGCAAUCACAUGGUGUCCAUGGGGAAGACAGGGCUGCUUGGUCAUGGCCUGGCCGGAUAUGGACCCCCUGAGUACACGCGCCCAGGUUUCCCUCACUCUGCGAGUAGAGAGCGUGGAUCCAUGGGCCCCUGGCAGCAGAUGCAACAGCACGAAUCUCACCUGCCUCAUAUUAGCCAAGGCAUAUCCGUGGGAGGGUACUCCCAAACCUCCACACCCCCGUCUCCCUCGACCUCCUCGCUCAACCUCAGCAUCAAGUCGGAGCGCGCCUCCCCCGAGCACAUCAGCUCUCCGACCACACCCACGCCACACCACAUGGGGCCCUGUUCACCAAUCAGCGGCCACCCUCCCCACGAGGGCCACUCCGCCAUGGGCAGGGAUGGCGGCACCUACCCGUCGCCACACCUCGUGGCCAGGAGCCUAUCAGAGGAGAAAGGGGACCCUCCUCUGAGGCAGAUAGAGAGCAAUGGUGGGUGGCAGAGAUAACAGAGGGCAGGUAUCCCAGCUACCUCCCCACAGCAGCCACACAUAUCUGUCUACACAGUGGGUUGGGUUAAUGGGGCUGGUAGUGGUAUGGGCAGGCUUACACCACAGCAAUUAUUCUGCAAGCUCUUGACGACAGACAUGGGCUUUUCAGUGGUAUUUUUUUCGAAGGUGUGUUGUGUGGAAUACGGAGUAAUGAGCCCUGCGAGGGGUUGAUGCCACUGAGGGAGGGACCUACAGAGGGACCUACAGAGCUCCAUAACAGUGUUCCCAUGUGAGCAGUGUGCAGUAAACACAGUGAUCAAUAUUUCCAAUACAACUCAGAGCGCAAAGAUGAAGGUAUAUGUAUCAUGUAUAGGUCUCACAAUUGUUUUUUUUUGUUUGUUUGUUUAAAUAUAUAUUUUGCUCUCAAUGACCGUCAGUGGUGUGCAACAAUGCCUUCCAAAACAAUGUGCUCAGAUGGUGAAAUGGCAACAAAUGUAUUUCUGUGUGAAAAAAAGAGAAUAAUUUAAUGAAUAUCAGUGUCUUUCUCAGGGAUUUUCCAUAUUCUGAAAUGGUUUAAUCGAGAAUGAGCAUAGUAUAUUUUGUCUUCUUUUUCUAAAUGUUUUAUACUCUUGCCUAAAUAAUUAAAUACAAAUUCCUGAAUUUGAAGGAAGACCAAAGGUAUGUCUUUAGGAUAUAAGCAUAAGUACAGCUUUUUGUUUUGUGUUAAAUUUGUGUCUGAUGCAAGUUGUUAUCAAUGCGGGAAAUGUAACCUGGAGGGAGAGAUGUAUAUAUGUUAGACAAACAUGUCGAUGGUGGACAACACCCUCUAGCGGUAGGGAUGAACAGUUCCUCGCCUUCAAGCUAUUUUGGACAGCAUAUGCCUAUUUGAAACCUGCUAUGAUGCUUGCAUGCACUUUAAUGUUUUGAUUUUAAGGUUUUGUUUUAGCCUAGGCUGCAGUGUUUUGCUUUCAGUCUGGUCAUCUAGUAAAUGGUGCAGAGACGUAUCGUUAUGUUUUCCCUUUUUCACACGUUCUUCCUUGUUUUCACAUUGUAAUCCAUCCGGUCUGUUUGCAACCCAUAAUUUACUUUUCCGUGUUCGGAAUGGAGGGGAUGUAAUAAGACUGUUUCACGCAAAAUGAAACUGAAAAGUCUCCAACUUAUCUUGAAUUGAUUGAUUCACUGUAUUGUCCGCUAGGGGUCACCAUAAGUCGAUGUAUGUAACAUGUGAGGGGAAGUAACAGGGGUUCUGAUUACAUGGGAUUGCCUCGGGACGUGUUUAAGAAUUUAUGUGUAUUCGUUGUAAUACAGUUUUACCAUGUCAAACAGACACUUUUGCCCUAAUAAAAUGUUCCUUUUUCUUACAAGAAUGUGUUUUUCACACAUAUGUUUAUCACAGGGUCAUUAUCUGUUUUGUUUAUCUGAUUGUAGGCUUGCAACAUUGAUUUAAUUUCUGACAAUACAAAUACAAAUGUGUACCGUUUACAAUUGUACUGUAAUUACCAGGCUAAUUGUA